GCAGAACCGGGGCUGGGGCCGGGCGUUUGUUGUUGUGCCCUUUGCUGCCGCCGCCGCCGCGCCCCGCCCAGGGCUGGGACCGCCUCGCCCGGCAGGCGGCGAGAGAUGAUGGUGCCAGCGCCGGGGUUAGCGUAGCCGACCCCCUCCCCCGGCAGCCGGAUCGCAGUCACCGCCGCCUGCGGCUUCCCCGGCGCGGAGCGGGCAGGCAGCAGCGCCGGAGGAUGUCCGCCCCCGGCCGCGGCAAGAAGGACAAAGAGAUCAUCGCGGAGUACGAAAGUCAAGUGAAAGAAAUUCGAGCUCAACUGAUAGAGCAGCAAAAAUGUCUGGAGCAGCAAACUGAAAUGAGGGUACAGCUUCUUCAGGACUUACAGGAUUUCUUCCGCAAAAAAGCAGAAAUAGAGACGGAGUAUUCCCGAAAUCUAGAAAAAUUAGCAGAAAGAUUCAUGGCCAAAACAAGAAGCACAAAGGACCAUCAGCAGUACAAGAAAGACCAGAAUCUCUUAUCCCCAGUGAAUUGUUGGUACUUACUACUGAAUCAAGUGAGAAGAGAAAGCAAAGACCAUGCAACUUUGAGUGAUAUUUAUCUGAACAAUGUUAUCAUGCGUUUCAUGCAGAUAAGCGAAGAUUCCACCAGAAUGUUCAAAAAGAGCAAAGAGAUUGCAUUCCAGCUUCAUGAGGAUUUAAUGAAAGUUCUUAAUGAGCUUUACACGGUCAUGAAAACAUACCAUAUGUAUCAUGCAGAGAGCAUCAGUGCAGAAAGCAAGCUGAAGGAGGCGGAGAAGCAAGAAGAAAAACAGAUUGGGAGGUCAGGAGACCCUGUGUUUCAUAUUCGACUAGAGGAGAGACACCAGAGGCGGAGUUCUGUGAAGAAGAUUGAAAAAAUGAAAGAAAAACGUCAAGCAAAAUACUCUGAAAACAAGCUGAAAUCUAUUAAAGCCCGAAAUGAGUACCUACUUACCCUUGAAGCAACCAACGCUUCUGUUUUCAAGUAUUAUAUUCAUGAUCUUUCAGAUUUAAUUGAUUGUUGCGAUCUUGGAUAUCAUGCAAGUCUGAACAGAGCCCUAAGAACAUAUCUCUCUGCAGAGUAUAAUCUUGAAACCUCCAGACAUGAGGGUCUAGACAUUAUUGAAAAUGCUGUUGACAGCUUGGAGCCACGAAGUGAUAAGCAGAGAUUUAUGGAGAUGUACCCCACUGCCUUUUGCCCACCAAUGAAAUUUGAGUUCCAGUCUCAUAUGGGUGAUGAGGUUUGUCAGGUCACUGCCCAGCAACCAGUACAAGCAGAGCUUAUGCUGAGGUACCAACAGCUACAAUCACGUCUGGCCACACUUAAAAUUGAAAAUGAAGAGGUUAAAAAAACCACGGAAGCUACUUUACAAACAAUACAGGACAUGGUCACCAUCGAGGACUAUGAUGUUUCGGAAUGUUUCCAGCACAGUCGCUCUACAGAGUCCGUGAAGUCAACAGUCUCAGAGACAUACUUGAGCAAGCCCAGCAUUGCAAAAAGAAGAGCUAAUCAGCAAGAGACUGAACAGUUCUAUUUCAUGAAAUUCAGAGAAUAUCUGGAGGGGAGUAAUCUUAUCACAAAACUUCAAGCAAAACAUGACUUGCUUCAGAGGACUCUUGGAGAAGGUCACAGAGCUGAAUACAUGACCACAAGGCCUCCAAAUCUUCCCCCUAAACCCCAGAAACACAGGAAGCCCAGACCCCGAUCACAAUAUAAUGCUAAGUUGUUUAAUGGUGAUUUGGAAUCAUUCAUCAAGGAUUUGGGACAAGUCAUUCCCCUCAUAGUGGAAAGCUGUAUCAGAUUUAUCAAUUUAUAUGGUCUUCAACAUCAGGGAAUUUUCAGAGUGUCUGGUUCCCAAGUGGAAGUCAAUGAUAUUAAAAAUUCAUUUGAAAGAGGUGAAAAUCCUUUGGCAGAUGACCAAAGUAACCAUGACAUUAACUCAGUUGCUGGAGUACUGAAGCUCUAUUUCCGAGGGCUGGAAAAUCCUGUCUUUCCUAAGGAAAGAUUUAAUGAUCUCAUUUCUUGUAUCAGAAUAGAUAAUCUCUAUGAGAGGGCUCUUCACAUCCGCAAACUCCUCCUGACUUUGCCCAGGUCAGUCCUUAUAGUGAUGAGAUACCUCUUUGCCUUCCUCAACCAUCUUUCACAGUACAGCGAUGAAAACAUGAUGGAUCCUUACAACUUGGCCAUUUGUUUUGGUCCAACCCUGAUGCCUGUUCCAGACAUACAAGACCAGGUGUUGUGUCAGGCUCAUGUGAAUGAAAUAAUCAAAACUAUCAUCAUCCAUCAUGAGGCCAUUUUUCCAGAUGCUAAGGAGCUCGAUGGCCCAGUUUAUGAAAAAUGUAUGGCUGGAGAUGACUACUGUGACAGUCCCUAUAGUGAACAUGGUACAUUAGAGGAAGCAGACCAGGAUGCCAGCACAGAGCCCCACACCAGUGAAGAUGAAUGUGAACCAAUAGAAGCUAUAGCUAAGUUUGACUACAUGGGAAGAUCUGUACGAGAACUCUCCUUCAAAAAAGGAGCUUCCUUACUUCUAUAUCAUCGAGCAUCUGAAGACUGGUGGGAAGGAAGGCAUAAUGGAAUUGAUGGCCUUGUACCUCACCAAUACAUAGUGGUGCAGGAUAUGGAUGAUACAUUCUCAGAUACGCUGAGCCAGAAGGCUGACAGUGAAGCUAGCAGUGGGCCAAUAACUGAGGACAAAUCCUCAUCCAAGGACAUGAAUUCUCCAACUGAUCGUCAUCCCGAUAUAUAUAUAGGAAGGCAAAGAAAGAGAUCCGAACCCCCAGCUCCUCAAAGACGCCCCGGAAGAACCAAUGAUGGUCACUGCCCUGUACAUCCACCACACACCCUCAGCAACUCAUCAGUGGAGCUAGGUUCCCCCAACACUGGAAGUCACUGCAGUCCUCGAGCCCUCCUUCAGAAUCGUAACCUCAGUGCAGAUAGUCCUGAGAGAAGACGUAGGCCUGGGCAUGGCAGCCUUACCAACAUUAAUAGGCAUGAUUCACUAAAGAAAAUUGAUAGCCCUCCAAUUAGAAGAUCAACAUCAUCUGGUCAGUACACAAGUUUCAAUGACCAUAAACCACUGGACCCAGAGUCAAUAGCUCAGGAUAUUGAAGAGACAAUGAAUACAGCUCUGAACGAACUUCGUGAGUUGGAACGCCAGAGCUCGGCAAAGCAUGCCCCGGACGUGGUGCUGGAUACAUUGGAACAAAUGAAAAAUUCUCCCACCCCUGCCACCUCGACAGAAUCCCUAAGUCCUCUCCACAGUGUUGUAUUAAGAAGCACUGAGCCUCAGAUUCGACGUAGCACUAGUUCUUCCAGUGAUACAAUGAGUACUUUCAAGCCCAUGGUAGCUCCUAGAAUGGGAGUGCAGUUAAAGCCCCCUGCCCUUAGGCCAAAACCCAUUGUUCUUCCAAAAACAAAUCCAAGCAUAGGACCUUCCCCUCCUUCCCAGGGUCCAAUGGACAAGUCUUGCACAAUGUAAAAAGCUAGGCAACCCUCAUAAGGUAAGAGGGGGCCAUGUUACUGAAAGGAAUGGAUUAGUGAUAGAAGUCAGGGGUUCCAUAACAUAACUCAUGUUUAUAACUGGAGAGGUUUUGUUUUUCAGUGUUUUUGAAUGUAACUAGCUACAUUAACAUGGGCAUUGGUAAUUUCUAUUGUUUCAAUUUUUAAAAAACUGGACAAUUGUCUCAUAAAAACAAAACACAGACUUACUUGAAAACUUGAUGCUGCACCAUUUGUAAUAAAAGCAACACAAAUCACAAAUAGCUUCCCACAUUGUACCAUAUUUCACGGUCUUACUGUAGUUUACUUAAAUGCUCCUGUGCAAAGGUAAUAUGAAAAGAUUCAUAAGGGGAUGUGGAGCCAUCACUAGAUCACUGGUUCACAUCCCAGACUGGCUUGUGAAAAAUGGAAGUUAGUAUGUGAGGCUUAUUAAAGGACUUGCGUAAUGGACAGGAAAUUUCAGUCCACAGAAUUAUUUAAAAGACAAAAAUAAAACCAAAUGCCACACACAUCUUCACAAUUGGCACAAUGUAUUCAAGUAUCCUUGCUAGCAGUCUACUGAAUUGGUAUGCAGGCUGCUUUACUCUCACUAAUAUAGUAUCACUUCUGGUCAGGGUUAAAGUAUAUUGCCAGGAUAGUGUGGAGAAGUUUCUAAUGCAGUCACCUGAUGUCCCUUUGCAGUGAAGCUAGAACUUCAGUUCUUGGGGCUAUCAGACACCUUUCACAAAUGCUAAAUUCACUUAAAGUUUACAGUUCAGUGAGCCGAGGAUCUGGAUGCAUGCAAAUCUGUGGAUCUCUGUGCAGAACUAAAACAAGAGAGUAAAUGAAUCCGCUAAACUAUUAUUCAAGAAAAUGUUCCUCGGAACUUAUUACUUGGUAUUUAAAUAACUUAAGUUGAAAUAAUUACAGUUUCCAGCUGCUGUAGCUUCAUUAGUUAGCCUACACAGUAACAAUAUGCAGUUACACUUAUUAAAGUGAGUUCCUCUUGGAAGCUGGACUGACUCCUUCCAAUCAUGCAGGGGCUUGGUCAAAGGAUAGAUGUUUUAUGUUCUACUGCCUAGGAUCAAUGUGAAUAAAGUUUACCAGAACCACUUUUUCUCCCUCAUGUCCAUAUAUGAGUGAAGCCUUCAUUGACUUUGCUUAGUGCUCCGUUGUUUUCUAUGUUACAUGUAAACUAAUUGUACAGCUGUUUGCACAUUGUAGACUAAGCCAUAACAUUAUUUCUGUGAAUAUUUUUUUCAAUGCUACCUGCCCAGUCUGUUGGGUAAUUUGCAGCAGGUUAGGCAACCAUGAAGAUUGAUUUAUAAGAAGGAAUAUCUUACUGGUUGCUAUUACCUAAAAUACCAUGGCCGAAACAAAAAAUCCAGCUGAUAUUCUGCUAUAAAAAUAAAACUGGUUUCACAUGCAGGUUGUCUUUCUACAUAGCAUUCCUUUCAUCUUACCAUUCUUUCCAUGGAACAUUUUACGUUGUACCACUCACUAUACCAAAAGCUAACUGGGGAGAGAGGAAUGUUAAUGACUCGUUACAAAGGUUUGGUUAGCGUAUUGGAAUCUAGGUAAGAUGACAGAGACCAUGUCUGAUUGUCAUUUGAAAAUUAUUGCUGCUGGGGUUUGCUAAUUACAGAUAAGGGAACACAGAGCCCAGAUGACGACAAAUAUCCCAUAAAGUACAUUCAAGAACAAGGCUAUCUGGGUCAUUCCCAUUGUUCCUGGUACUUGCACCCCAACUAGGGGAUCAAGGAAUCUAUAAGCACAUCUGUUUGGGGAGGGGCUGUCAGAUAUUUAAAUUCUUAGCUACCAUGGUGAACCGUGAGGCACCAGUCAGAUCUACUGAGGUAACAACUGUGCACACAGUGUAACAAUCUGUCAAGUUCAUGUUUAAUUAGACACUUCUUGGCUGUGCCCUGUAGUUGUAAGUUCCAUUGCAAGGUUCUAACUGAGGCCAGUCUCAGCUAUAGGCUAAAUUUAGUCUAUAGUUAUGUUCACCUGUCAAGAGCUAGAAGUUAUCAAAUAGUUUCCAAAUUUACUAGGAUCAGUGGAACAAACUGGAAUUUCAGCUUUCAUUUACGUGCAGUUCUUGUCUAGUAUUUUUUAAAUAACCUAUGUGGCAUAAUUGAGAUGGAUACCUGUAUCUUUAAAUUACAUAGGGAAUUUUGUAUGUUUAAAUAACUGUACUGGACUCCAUAAUGCUUAUAUUAGAAAUUGUUUAGCAAAAGAAAAUAUUAGAAACAGUGCAUUUAGUGAAUGCAUCCACUUAGAGCAUUCACACAAGUUAAAUGUGUAGUUUGAUGGUUAUUAUAGAUACUUAAAAGUAUAGUAAGUGGAUAUGUAACAGGAAAGACUGAUACAACUACAGACGCACUAAAGGGUAACUCCUGCACACCUAAUCAAAUCAGUAUUGUCCUUUACUGUCAGUUUGAUAAAUUGCAGUACUGGUAGCUGCCUGCUUGUUGACUGUUACCUAAUUGUGUCUAUGUACAUCUGUAGUAUGUACAUGUGAAAGUGCCUUUAAAAUUUUAGAGGAGCUUUAGCCUUGCUCUUGUACUGUUGCAUUUCCAUUGCGUUCCUCCUUGCUCUUAUAUUGUUGCAUUUUCAUGAAAUUUUCCCUGCUCUUGUAUAGCUGCAUUGCCAUUGCAUUCCUUCCAUUCUCAAAGAACAAAAAAAGUUGAAUUUACACAGUUCUGGAAGAAAAAUGUACUGUUAAUCUGUUGUGACAAUGCACUUUUAUGUAUAGUACUGUACAUUUUGGCAUGUACCAUUACAAGCUUCAGUAUACAUUCAGAUUUGUUCCUCAUAGUGUAUCUUUAUAAUAAAGAAAAUAGUUCUGUCUGUG